UACACACGCAGGAGCUUGAAGACACAAAGUGUCAGAAUGCACGCAAUUAUAUUUUUAUUGCACGAUGCGUGAACCCGCACAGCCUCUCUCUCACACACAGCUUCAUUAAUUCACGAGCAUCAUGCUGGAUCGGAUCUGAUCGCUGUGAGCCCUCCAGCCGGGCAGACUUACCUUUGCUUGGCUCUACCCGGAACCAUUAUGCAGACAGGAAACUACCAUUUUACCGCUAGCAGCAGCAGCAUCGGGGGAACCGUCGUCUACGGAGGGGGACACCUAAAGCAGCUGAGGCGGGGAGGGAAGCUGGAAGCCAGGGAGAAAGGCAGGAAAACCACAACCGAGACAAAAUAAAGAGGACGAGUUGGCGUUGAGCGGCAGUGAGCCAGUCGAGUCAGUCGAGCUGUAGGACUUUGGACUCAAACAAUGGUCAAAACGGGAGCAGGCCAGUGAUUUUGUUAGCGAGAGAAAAGAAGCAGCAGCAGUAGCCCUCCUGGGCAGAUGGAGAUCCCGGGCCUUUCUCGGUGCUUUUCCACGGAUGGAGAAAAAGGCCCCGGUGACGGGCUUUAAGGACCCCGCUUUCAGAGCGCACGUCCUCCCCCAUGUCCUCAUACUUUUACCGCCGUGUUUCCCAGCGGCGUUUUCCAACCAGGAUUCGUAUUUUGAAAGGUUGUCGAGCUGUGACAUCCCGUUUGGACAGAGUGGGAGAGUGGGAUGUGUUCUUUUUCUCCCACUCUCUUCUUAACACCCAGCUGGAGUUUCGGAUAUGUGGAUUAGCCGAGAGAAAGUUACGACUAAUAGGCACGAGCAGAUGACUUAGAAAAUGUACAUCAAAGAUACUGCUGUGGUGGAAGAAGAAGAAGGGGCUAUCCAGAGGUUUUCAUAUGAUGACAGAAAACUGUUGAAGAGAUGAUUAAUCGUCCUCUAGAAAAAUGAACACACUCCACUCUGUGGGACCGCCUGGCCUGACUUCAACUUAAAAAAAUGGAACACUUUAAAGACACACUACAGACUUUUAUGUAAUUUAGUAAAUUUUCUAUUUAUGACCCUUUAUAUAACCUCCCACCUGAAGCACUUGAAGGCUUCACUCCAUAAUAAAAAUAAACUUAGUGAAACAUUUAUGAGAACUAAUGAAGCAUCAACUGUUGUUGGACUAAAGCGGCUCCUUCAAAGCUUGGGGCUGAAACAAAAGUUGGACUAUCCCAGAGGUUACUAAAGGUCCGCUGGUUUUAUAGAAUUAGUGGAAGGGAUAGUUCUGCCCUCUGGACAAUUUGUCACAGCCAGAUUUGGAGAUGUUUCAGUUCAGCAAGUACCCCAUGGACAUCUUAGAGAUGCUAAGUGGACACCAAGCCCACCAGUUUAAAGGGCUUGGGUUGGAACGACAACUGAGCCACCAACAACAAGUCCAACUGCAGCAUCAGCAGCAGCUCCAGCAGCAGCACCAACCCUCUGCUGAUACCUCUGGAAGUCUGCUGUCCGGUCUUGGGCUGGGAUCCCUCCAGAGCUCUCGAAGCAAUGCCUUCGCUGACUCCUCAUCGUUAUUCGCCAAAAUGAGCGCCCCUCCUCCAUCUAUUUCCCACCAAAGCCAGUCAUCCUCAUCGUCCCACAGCUCCAGGAAGUCCAGUAAGAUUAGCAGCAGUAGCAGUAGUGGCAGUGGGAGUUCCUCAUCUGGAUAUCCCCAGUUUCUGCGGCCUUUUCAUCCAGCUGAGGCGGCUCUUGCUCAGGAGCAGCUCCACUCUGGAAUGGGGCGUUUUGACUUCACUGGAAGCAGCAGUGGAGGGGCUGCUGGAGUUAUUGGGGUCACGCCUGCACCACCUCCUCCUCCGCUGCAUCCGGGUCUUUCUGUACCUCAACCCUCACCCGGUCCGUCUUCAUCUUCACCUUCUCCCUCCACCUCAGCUUCAGCUUCUAAUAACCCCUCUGGCAGUACUGCGGUCCCCCUGGUUGGCCAGUCUGAUCCCCGCAGCCUCCACCAACAGUUCAGCUGCAUGCUUGCUGCCAAUCAGUACUUUCUGUCUGGUGUCCCAACAAAUAGCAGUCUUGAGCAGUUCCUCGUCCAGCAGGGAACUCACAACCACCUUAGUUUAGGUCUUGGCCAGGGGGUGACUGAAUCCAACUCAGCCCUGGCCCCUCCUCCUGCCCUUCACUCCUCUCACAGCCACACUGCUCCCCAGACCCAACAACAGCAACAACAGCUGACCCCUCAUGCCUUAUCUCAUCCACACAGCCACACUCACCACCCGCACCCUCUCCACCCAGCCCCUCAGCCUGCCCCACUGAGUGGCUUUGAUUUCCAAAGCAUUCCAGUACUUUCCUCAAACCAGAUAGCAUCAUUAAUGCAGCAGGAGGCGGGCCUUCCCCUCCCCCUGCCCUUGCACCUGUCUCUAUCUAAAGAAGAUGCAACAAAAUCAGGAGACAACUCGUCUGCAUCUGCUUCAAGUGGGGGUAGCAGGAGGAAGAAGGCAAUGGCAGGUUAUCUGCCCCAGAGAAAAGCUGAAAGUAGCAGCCACAGUCAGAGCAGUCACAGCCACACCAGCAGCAGUGUAACUACUUGCCAUAACAACAGCUCAAGUGGGCACACUCAGAGCUCCUCUUCAGGCCUUGUGGGAGGGGGAUCCGGGGGUGUUGGGCUAAGUGGCAUUGGAAGUGAGACACAGCACUCCUCUCUCCUCUCGUCUUCCUCUCAGCAGCAGUCAUCUUCCACUGUCUCAUCAUCCUCAUCAGCCUCCACAUCCUCUAGCUCCACUUCUGUGCUUGUAGCCAAUGGCAACCAACAAUUGUCCAAACCACAAGAACGUCAUAGCAGCUCGUCUGGGCAGCCUGAACCAGAACCCCUGUACCACUGUGGUGAAUGUGGUAAAACCUUCACUCACCUUUCCAGCCUUCGAAGGCAUCUCCGAAGUCAUGGCUUGACACCAGAAAGCCAAAGUAGGAAGUCAGACUGUAACUCUCCAAGCCCAGAGCGGAUAUUCUGCUGUGGUGAGUGUGGGAAGAGGUUCAAAAAGAGAGGUCACCUUAUCCAGCACAGUGUCACCCACUCAGAAAACCGUCCUUUUGUUUGCAGCAUUUGCCAAAAGUCUUUUAACCGCCGGGAGUCACUGACAAGACACGAAAAGAUUCAUGAUGAGAAGCCAUUUCGUUGUCCAGCGUGCGGGCGUUGUUUCCGUGAGAGUACCUCUCUGCUCAACCACGCUGCUUCGGGUGCUUGUGGCAAACCUCCCCGCAGCUCAAAAAAUCGGUCCAGCGGUGGGGGGAAUACAACAUCCAACCCAAGCAGCAGUAAAAUGGGAAAUAGUGCAGAGAGUGGGGUAGGAAUUUCAACUGAUGGAGCUGGCAUAACAGAUGACAAGUAUGCAACAGAUUAUUCCAGAAAUCGAUACCAGAACCAGGCGCCUUACAAUAGUGGGGUCGGCGAUUACAGGCGUCCACAGUCUUCCACGCUCUAUUCCUCAGACAAUACAUUAGGCAACGAAAUGACUAGCCAAACUCUACGGAAAGCCCCUUUAGCUCCAACGCUUCAUCCCCAUCCUCAGAGCCAGCAGCAGCAUCACCACCACCAACAGCAGCAGCCCCACCUUCCCUUGUCCUCCUUGUUGGAUGAUUCAGAGGAUGAGGUCACUAGUAGUGCAAUGUCAGCCAUUGCUGCUGCUGCAGCUGCCUCUUGUGACAUCAACUCAGAAAGUCGAGAAGGAGAAAGGAGAGACAUCAUUGGAGGUCUGCUGGGAGGUUUGGGGUUUGGAAACAUGGGCGGACCAUCAUCAACUAGCCUAAACGGUUCCACCAUGCCUUUGACUCACCCCAGCCUACCCCACACAAAGCCCCGGAGGCCUCGAAAGCCCAGAGAAAAAAGGGAUCCAAAUACAAUUGUGAGGAGGAGGAGGAGUCCAGCACCUCCAGGGGACGGCUCAGAGAGGCCAUAUGGCUGUCAGAUCUGUGGCAAACGCUUUAGAAGGGCGGAGACACUGAGGCGCCACAACCGGGUUCACACGGGAGAGAAACCUCACGCCUGUGAAGUGUGUGGAAAAAUGUUCCGAGAACCUUUUCACCUCACUAAGCAUCUGACCGUACACUCUGGUCAAAAGAACUACAAAUGCAACCUUUGUGGGAAGUUGUUUGCCUAUGCACAGAGCCUUGUUCGGCAUGGAAAGCUUCACAGAAAAGGGGAAAUUGACAACACGGGUCGGAGAAUAAAAGGUGGAGCUGCUGCUGCUGCAAUCAGUCAAGUUGCCAACUCUGGAAACUCAGAUUACUUCUCAUCAUGCUCCCAAGAAGAGAAGUCUCCAACAUCUGGCACUCCCUCUCAGCGGCUUUACACCUGUACAGUAUGUUGGAAGUCUUUCCGACACUACUUCCACCUGACAGCACAUCAACAGACUGUCCAUGGUGGUGGGGUGGGCCUGGAGAAGUCCUUUCGCUGUGAAGUUUGUGGCAAAGCCUUUGCCUACUCCAACAGCCUGGUGCGGCACAAGUUGUCACAACAUGGCAUUGACCGCAACGGUCAACGUGUCAACCAGUCUCAACCCUCUGGAUACUCUCCACUUUUCUUUGAUUCCGGUUCAGGUUCCAACUAUGCUGGAUCAUCCCACAUCCCACAGGGAGUUGCUGAGCAGCAACAGCCACAACAACAGCAGCAGCAGCAACAACAACAACAGCAGCAGCAGCAACAACAGCAGCAGCAACAACAGCAGCAGCAACAACAGCAGCAGCAACAACAGCAGCAGCAACCACAACAACAGCAGCAACAACCACAACAACAGUUGCAGCACCCUUUUCACUACCGCUCAAAAAACUUCCAAAAGCGCCAUGGACAGACAAGAAAGCAUCGAAAGAAAAAACGGCGCAUCGUAAUCCACAGCAUCAUGAGAGACGGGAAGCUGGUGGGAGUCCCUUUGAGUAAAGACACUCGCAAGAAGUUGAUGAUUCUGAGGAGGAAAAAGGGAAGACUGCAGGCGCACAUCAACAGGAAAAAGCUCUUGGCCCAGCUGAGGAUGAAGGGGGGAGUGAUGAAAGUAAAGUCAUGGUGCGGGGGUGCGGUCAGAGUCACAGGGCUCACCUCUAUGGAUGUCCCCUUCAAGCGUUUUCCUUGUCCCAUCUGCCCUAGUGCCACAUACGCCAAACAGGGCUCCCUGCUGGUGCACCACGCCGUCAGACACCCACCGAGAAACUCAGGGCGUCACGCCCGCCUGCGGUGCCAGGUGUGUGGGCGACGCACCACUUCAUUACACAAAGCCUUGAAACACAGGAGUCGCCAUCUCAAGCAGGCUGCAUUCCAGUGCCACAAAUGCCAACAUCGCUUCUGGAACCCAUGUCUCCUGGCCCGCCACAGGUUCUCCUGCCGGGGGGCGAGCUCUGGCAGUGUUGCUGGAGACUGGGACCUGACAAGGAUGAGAUCAGUGUCAGUUAGUGACCACUCUCCAGUACCGCUGACAGUUCUGGGCCUGGCCCAGCCUGAGAGAUCAACAGUUCUGACUGAGUACAGUCAGUAAACACAAACUGUCUUUUUUUUAGACUAGAUUGUUUUUUUGAUGUUUAUAUUUUAUUAAAUAAUCCAAGAUCUUAGCACAUUUUUAAAAAAAUAGAGUGGGGAUUGAAAGGGGAAGAUUUAGUUCAACUACCAGACUAUCCCCAACCCCUUAUCUGGACAAGCUUUUAAACAAUCCCAGUACAACAGCAGGGGUGGUUGAUAAAAUGACUUGGACUUCUAAAGGCCUAAAAUCAAAACCGCCCAAACUAUCUGCCUCCUGUUCCUGAAAGGUUAAGGAACUAAAGAUCAUGGUUUUUUUUUGUAGCAUCUGUUUGAAAAUUGUCAGUACUUUCCAUCAUGCUUGUCUUGUUCUAAAUCCCUUUUGCUGUGUUUGUGCAUCAACAAAAAUUGGAUGUUUAUCAUAGGGCUGAUUGAUGUACCAGUUUAUUCUUUAUCACAUUAUUCAUAGUUAUACUGUGUAGUCCUCAUUUAAUGCUCUGUUUAUUACACUGAACAGAUUCACUGUUUAUGCUGAGAUAUUUCCCCUUAAUAUAAAUUAAUCUCUUUAGGAUCUAAUACCAAGUAGCUCACAAAAGUGGCACAGCUUGAUGCUAGGUGAUUUACGGAAAAGAUUAAACACAAAAGCUUAGUCAACCGUUUUUAUACUGUACACUACUUUUGUUACUUUUUUAAAAAAAAUUGUGAAUGAAACACAAACAUGACUAAAGCUGUUAACUCUUUCAGGAUAUGAAAAGGACAACAGAAAUAAUGAGUGUACUGUACAAUUAGUAUUAUAUUUUAUUAUAUAUAAAUAUUAUUUGCUGUUUUUUACUCCCAGUUUUCAUUUAUCUUAUUGUUGCUAUUCUGAGUGUGGGAGGGGACGAAUUGAGACGUUGUUUGUAAAAUCAUAAUUAUAUGUAUCAAUGUGAUCAUCCCUCCCUUCCUUUAACCUGAAACUCCGUUUACCUGCUCAUACACAGUUUGGCUCCAUUUUUGUAACAGAAGCGUGUACACAUAGUUCUUUUUUAGGUCCUGUCCAGAAGUGCUUAUCCAUUUUUUUUCUGUAAAACUAAACCAUGUAAUAUGACUAAAUUACUAUCCUUUGCCUAAAAGUGAGUUGUUGAAAAACCUUGAAUAAACACCUGAAAUGUC